AUGAGCUGGUAUUCUGUUGAUUCGGAAAUUGAAUCGUUGGAACGAAGACAUGCUGGUCACCACCACACAGUGAACAUAAAGUAUGGAUACGUGAUAUUAGCACUUUCUAUUGUCCACAUGGUGUUGAGCAUUUCUGGGAAAAAGCUAUACUUCAAGAACUGGGCUGAAACAGGAAGAGCUUCCAGCUGGUGGAGAAGUGUUGUGUCGAUUCCUUUUUGGGUGUCGACUUUGGUCUGGUUGGCCAUAUUUGCAUUCCUCAGCAUUUUCCACAUCGAAGAACUUUCAGAGAAUUACACCACAGCAGUCAAGAGACUCGGAAGAAUGGCAUACUGCUUGGUUCCUUUCACGAUCUUCAUAAGUCUCAGACCUCCCAAUACUGUAGGCUACCAAAGUGGCUACUAUUUGGAGAAGUUGAAUCUUCACAAAUGGAUCUCAAGGUUGAUCUUUGCUACAGCGAUUGGCCACGGUCUUGGAUUCUUGUACAAAUGGACGAAAGAAGGUGCUUUGGCAGAAAAGAUCUUUAAGUUCGACAAUUUCCUUGGAGUCACCGUUUUUGCCUUGAUGCCGGUGCUUAUAUUUGCUUCUGUAAACGUCAUGAGAAGAAGAAAUUAUCGUUUAUUCUACAUUUUGCAUAAUGUUACCUUAUGGAUGUUUGUGGUUUUGAUCGCAUUCCACGCAAGACCGGGCGUCCCGCUUUUGGCAGUGAUCAACUUGGCAUUGUUAGGCUAUCAGAUAUACCAGAGAUUCUUCAAGUCGUAUUAUUUACACGAUAUCCUGGUAGUGGAAUCUCCCUACUCUAAGAUGCAAAUCAUAAGGAUCCCCAGACCAGAAACCUUCCCUUCCUACUUACCAGGCUCUCACAUAAGAUUGGGGUACCUGGCGACAAACAUCAGCGCCUGGCUCUAUGCUACCCACCCCUUCACAAUUGCUUCUACAAACGACGAUUCGGAAUCCACGUUGGACUUGGUCAUGAACAAGCCUGUCAACUUUCCCAUUGACAUCACUUCGCCAUACACCAUGACUGGUCCAUUCCCAUCGUUGCCCCCACAGUUUUACACAACAGCUAGACACGUGAAUAUCAUCUGCGGAGGAAGCGGCAUUUCGUUCGGUUUGCCCAUCUACAAGUACUUUGUAAAUUCCAAUAGAUCUAUACCUAUACGCCUUAUCUGGUGUAUACGGAGUCUGGAUGAUACAUUCAUUCUUGACCAUUUGCUUCCUGAAAGGUCCAUCGAUGUACAGAUUUACAUCACCAGUAAUACUGGCAGUUUGAACCAGCAACAAUCUGCCUCCACGAUCUUUGACGAAGAGGCAGACGCUUUGUUGGAAGGUGAUAGUACUACCAACAUAGAGAUGGCUAAUUUGGCUACUGACAAAGAAGAAAAGAAAACCGACCAUUUCAACACCAUUCAUGAUGGUAGACCAAACUUUGACGACGCAUUCGGCAAUUUAGCUGCUGCUGUUGACGUCGAUGAGAAAUGGUUGAUUGCUUGUGGUCCUCGUAAGUUAAUCGAUGAUUGCCGCAAGUGGACUAAAGGCAAAGAUAUUGAAUUCUACUCGGAGUUAUAUGAAAUGUAGCAUACAUAGAUCGGUUAUCAAGGCAAAAAAUGAAAAU